AUGAAUAUGUAUGUAAAUAAAUCAAUUGAUUCUCCAGAACUUAAGGAAAAUAUGUCAAGUACAGUUAUCAGAAUUGUUUCACCCUCUGGUUUUAGGGCGUUGUUGUCGAGUUCAUCCAGUCAAUCCCGAGUAAUUCCAAUUGAUGCUUCAUGGUAUAUGCCUAAUUCCCCGUUUAACGGGAAAGAUCAAUUCUUGAAUGAGGACCGUAUUAGGUCGGCAGCAUUCUUUGAUCUUGAUUCUAUUUGUCUUGCUAACUCACAAUAUCCCCAUAUGUUGCCUCCAUAUGACAUAUUUAAUAAAUCUAUGACCGAUUUAGGGAUUCGCAGAAGUGAUACAUUAGUAGUAUAUGACAAGAGUGGUAUAUUUUCAAGUCCCAGGGCUGCUUGGAACUUGUCACUCCAUGGCCAUCGUAAGGUUUAUCUUUUGGAUAACUAUAAUACCUAUAAAAAGUAUGAAUAUCCGUUAGAGACAAAAAAAACUACAUCAUUAAGCACCCCAAGUUCGGAUUCAGAUAUCCCACAAUACGAACCGAUUUCUGAAGAUGAUGUCAAAGAGAAUUAUAGAAACCAAGUUAUAGAUUAUGAAGAACUACUCGAACUAAUUGAAAGUGGUAAAUUAGAUAAAGAAUAUGUCACUUUUGAUGCUCGUUCCUCUGAUAGGUUUUCAGGAGCCUCCCCUGAACCUAGACCUGGCUUAUCAUCGGGACACAUUCCAUCUUCAUUAUCGUUACCAUUUUCUAAAGUUCUCAAUCAAUCUGAUAACACUUAUAAGAGCAAAGAAGAAUUGAUAGAUCUUUUCAAACAAGAGUUUGGCAUAGAUUUUUCUAAACCAAAUGCCACGAAUGGUAAGAAAAUAAUUGUUAUGUGUGGAACUGGAGUUACGGCAGUCAUAUUAAGAUUAGCUUUGGAAUCAGUUAUUCAAUGUAAUAUCCCAAUACGUGUCUAUGAUGGAAGUUGGACUGAAUGGGCCCAACGAGCACCUUCACAAUAUAUAAUUAAAACUAAAUAG